UUUGUUUCCGGUGUGUGUCACCUUCAUUUCCGGCCCCGCUUCCUGCUCCACGCAGAGAUGUUGUCCACGUUGAAGCAGCGGGUCGGGGAGGUUCUGUUACCGGGGGACGAGUUCUCCUGUGACGGGGACGACACCAUCUCUCUGACGGAGCCCGUCAGACCGGAGAAGGUGCUGUGUGGCCCGGGGCUGCGGCGGAGCGGGGACCGGCUACUGGUGUGUAAGAGCGGGGUCCUCCGCCAUAAACAGCCCAACGUCUUCUGGAUGGACUGUCAGCAGAGGAGGUACGUCCCUGCUAAAGGUGAGACAGUCAUCGGCAUCGUCACCGUAAAGUCAGGAGACGUCUUCAAGGUCGACUUCGGAGGAAGUGAACAGGCGUCUCUGUCUUACCUGGCGUUUGAGGGGGCCACGAAGAGGAACAGACCCAACGUCCAGGUGGGGGACCUGGUCUUUGCUCAGUUCAUCGUAGCCAAUAAGGACAUGGAGCCGGAGCUGGCGUGUAUCGGCAGCUCGGGACGAGCCAAUGGGAUGGGCGUGUUUGGAGGGGGCGGGCUGCUGUUCAGAGUCUCUCUGGGACUUGUCAGAAGGCUGCUGUCCCCCCACAGCGAGGUGCGGUCCGACCUGGAGCAACUGUUCCCGUGUGAGCUCGUGAUCGGGAUGAACGGUCGUCUGUGGGUCAGAUCCUCCAGCGUCCAUCAGACCCUCGUCGUCGCAAACCUGCUGCAGAGCUGCGAGACCAUGACGCCGCUGCAGAGGCGGGAGCUGUUCACGAGGGUCAAACAGGGGGCGCUGUAGACCACGUCACACGUCUGGUCCUCCUGUGGAGGUUGUGAUGUCAUUGUGUUUAAAGGAACAUGUAUUUUUUUUAUUUUGUGAAAUUAAUAAAGUGUAUCAAUCUACAA